UUUGUCAGGAUUCUCUUGCAUGACAACAAGAGACCAGAAACAAAGAAUUAAAAUGGAAGUCCCACUUAUAAUAAAAUAUACAAAACCCAGAGAAUCCUUACUCUCAACUACCUACCAUACCAUUCCAUCUAUAAGGACUAAGCUUCCCAUUGAUUUUGCUUUCUCAUAUUGAAGUCAUCAGCUAGUUAUGGCUAGAGCAUCACAAGACUCUUCCUCCAAGUGGCACUUCCACUGGACCAAAAAGGUUGGAAACGAAGAUGAUGAAGUUCCAAUCUUUAAGUCCUCAAACACCAUUGAAGAAGAAAAAAAGGAAAAUGUUAAGAGCCAUGUAGGAAUGUCAACCCCAAAGAAAAAACUACCAGCAGUAGCAGUUGCUAGGCUCCGAUCCGUUGUUACAGCCCUUGGUAAGAACCGAUCAAGCCUCCCACUGGGGCUUGGAUCCCGAGUUGUAGGUACCCUUUUUGGAUAUCGCCGUGGUCAUGUCCAUUUUGCAUUUCAAAAGGAUCCCAAUUCACCUCCGGCUUUCCUUAUUGAACUUGCUACACCAAUAAGUGGAUUGGUUAGAGAGAUGGCAUCUGGGUUAGUCAGAAUUGCCUUGGAAUGUGACAAAGAGAAAGAAGAGGAAAAGAAAGCUGUGAGAUUGCAGGAAGAACCAAUGUGGAGGACUUAUUGCAAUGGUAAGAAAUGUGGUUUCGCUACUAGGAAGGAAUGUGGGCCUAAAGAAUGGAAGUUAUUGAAAGCUGUAGAGCCAAUUUCAAUGGGUGCAGGGGUUUUGCCAGGGUGUGCAACUGAGGCUGGAGCUGAUGGUGAACUCAUGUAUAUGAGAGCUAAAUUUGAGAGAAUUGUGGGCUCUAGAGAUUCUGAGGCUUUCUACAUGAUGAAUCCUGAUAGCAAUGGAGCUCCUGAGCUCAGUAUCUAUCUACUUCGAGUCUAAAGUCCAGUCAUUUAUAUUUCCUUUUUUUGUUUUUUCCUUAAGGUAAGCUAGUGAUACUUGUUUAGUUCUUGGGCAUGAAAAUGAAGGCCUAGCUCUCUCAAACUAUAUAUAUAUAUUUCCUUUUCUGUUUGUUCUUCUACUUCGGAGAAACUGGGGAGGUGGGCUUGACCUGUAUUUUGUUAGUUAUAGGUGGAGGGAGAAUACUUUAGAUUAGAACAUGAUGGAUAUGGAUAGGUGGGGGUCAUGAUGGUGUGUAUACAUAUAGUUUUUCUUUUAUCUUUUUAGCAAGUUACUAGAUUUGUUACAUGUAAACCACCGCCGGGUAUUUUUUUUUUCAAUGUAAAAAAAUUACUAGAUAAAAAAUUCAAAGACCGUUAUUGGUUUAA